AAACAACAACAGUGACAACAACUACCAUCCCAACAAUCAGCAGCACAAUGGCUGGACCUACCACAGUAGCUGCAACACCUACUACAAUAGUAAGAGGGGGAAAUUGUCCAAACGGCUGGCGAGCGUCUACUCAGUUCUGUUACUACUUCAGUAAUACGCCUGUUAAAUGGACUCAGGGAGACAAUGCAUGUAAACUGAAGCAAUCAGACUCUUUCCUCGCUAGUGUUCCAAAUAUAAAGGAACUUGAUUGGCUGGAUGAGAUUGUGAUUGACAAAAAACGAGCUUUUUGGAUAGGGGGUCGUGACCAAGGCUCCAUUCUUCCUGGAAUGACAGAUUAUGUUUGGUCGGAUGGAGAGCCUUGGAAUGACGAUGUGGCGAAAGAAGCUGGCUUUGAUGGUAGACCCAAUCAGUGUGUAAUCUUUAAUCCACGAAGAAUUGUAAUGUGGAAUUCAGCCAAGUGCAAUAAUCAAAGGCGUUAUAUCUGCAAACUUGACAAAAAUGAAAUAACAACAAUGGCCCCGACGAUAAGAACAUCUUCUAGACCUACUACAGCAAUAUCCAGUGUAACCACCCCAACAGUUCCAAAAACUACCGAAACAACAAGCUCCAAAUCACCAACGUCUUCACCUGUGUCUAAUUGUACUUCAAAAUUACCAUUACCGAGCAGCAUAAACCCAACUACAUCAACAUCGCCACGCCCAACUACACCAAGGGUCGUGCGAAAAAGUACAUCGCAGUUUGUGCGGACAACAUCUGAUGACAUAGAAACAACGAAACUUCUGGUAACCGAUAGUCCAUCUGCCACUGAGAAGACUAGUGCUGAGGAGUCCACAAGUACUGUAUACGUAAUCGUCGGCGUAGUUGGCGUCUGUCUUCUGACUUUACUAAUAUCAGUGAUAGCACUCUAUAAACGAAGGAGGAACAAAAGUCCAAAAGGAGCGCAACCGCUGGAGGAUGAGAGUUUGUAUGGCGCAGGCUCUAAAAGGAACAGUGUAUAUGACAGCACCGACGGUAUGGGAACAAGGGAGAAUCCAAUGUACUUUGCCCUGGAUGGGAAGGAUGAAGCGCUUAUUAGGGCAAAAGAACUGGCUGCAAAAGAGACUGCUACUGCUAAAGAAACCACGCCAUGUUAAGAUGCU